UUCGCGUUUGCUCAGCUACUCGGUUCAGUCAGUGCACUAACACAGCUCAGGUUUUCUACAUGAAAAGGAAAAGUCAGUUGUGCUUCAUCAGUUCAGCGAUGGCUGUUAUCUUCCUCGUGAUGUUUGUAAUGUAUAGCACCUUAAAUUCCCACUAUUUAGCAUCUGGACGCAAAAGAGAUGUCGGAGUUGUGGGGAAAACUCUUUACAAGUUGGAUGUCUCCUGGCCCAAAUAUUCAGAGCAUUUCACUGGAGAGGUUUUCGGGGUGGCCGUGAACCAUCAUGCCGGCGUGGUGUAUGUUGCGCAGAGAGGUGAGAAUAUUCCGAAGGUGCUGGUGUUUAGCACAGAUGGAGAGUUCCUUCAUGCCUGGAACACCAGCACACUGGAGAUGCCACAUGGCAUUUUCUUGGCCAAUGCUUCAAACGACCCCUCUGUGUGGAUCACUGAUGUAGGGAACGGGCCUUAUGGACACAGUAUAAAGCAGUAUUCGCCCUCAGGGAAGCUGCUGCAGGUGCUGGGAACAGCAGGAAAAGCCGGCUCUGGCCUCAAUCCACUGCAGUUUGAUCAGCCUGCUGAGAUAUUCAUCCACGACCCCACUAGAGAGGUUUACAUUGUGGAUGGAGAUGGAGGAAUGAACAACCGGCUCAUUAAGCUGUCCCAAGACCUGCAAAUGGUGUGGACACAUGGGGAGAAAGGAGAGGGACUCUCGCAGUUCUACAUCCCUCACAGUGUGGCUGUCGAUAACUUCCAGAGGGUGUGGGUUGCAGACCGAGGAAAUAAGCGGAUUCAGGUGUUUAACUCUGUGACAGGGGACUGGCUGGGAUCAUGGGGAAGCUGCUUCACAGAUGAUGCGCCUUACUCCGUGAGGCUCACCCCUGACCAGAAGUACUUAGUGGUUGCGCAGUUAAACACUAACCGUGUCACUCUGCUGGAGGCACCUCCAGUGGGAAUUAUUGGCCAGUGUAAAGUGGUGAGUUCCAUCCAGCUUGCUGACGACAUUAAACCUCACCUGGUGGACUUGGACCAGAAAACCGGAGCUCUUUAUGUGGCAGAAAUCGGUGGUCAGCAGGCUCAGAAGUUUGUGCCAAUCACAUUCGGGAAUGGUGUCCUUUAAAUUAGAUUUACAGUUUAGUUUAACAGAAAACCAUUUCUUCACAUUAAGCCGUUUUGAAGACAGGAUUAAAACUUGGUAUCAUUUAUAUUAACUUUAAAACACAAAAGUGUUGAAAAGUGUAAACUCAUAAAUCGUAUUUGGGUAAAAUAUUAUAUUACAAUAACAUCUGUUAAACAUUUUCCAGAUUCCAGUUUUAAGCUGAGAAAUAAUUGCACUUUAUUUUAGUAUUGAAAGAUAAUCGUAACACUUGAUGUUUAUUUGUAUGUAUUAAGACAAGAUUUCUGUGCAGGUGGAUAUUUUGACAGAAAGAAAGCAAAAGCACAUAAAUAUGUAUAUUUAUGUAUGAAUUCAGGCACAUAAAUGUUCUAAACUGUAAGCAUAUAUACACAUCUUGUUUGGUGUUGGGUGUUUGCAGAUGCUUUUUGUAUGUGGCUGUAGUUAUAUUUUUUUGUUGUUGCAUGAAGCCAUUCUGUAAUGCUUUAACUUGUGUUAUAACAAAUUAUAAAAACUUCUGCUGUAAUUCUUGUUUGGAAGUAAGUUAAUGCCUUCUGUGUGAUUUGUAGAAUAACAUGCAGCUAUGUAACUUGUAGAGAUGGGGAAAACAGAUUCAGUGAUGUAUCAUAAUUCUUUGGUAUUGUAUCACCUCACUGAAUCCUAAAUCAUCUUUUAAAUACUUUUUAAUUCAUAAAUUUUUCCAUUUGAGGCUGUAAAAUUAUGCCAUUCCUCUAUAAUCCUACAGGUGGCUAUCUAAACUAUUAACAAAGUGGUAGACAGCACUGCGUAAAUGAGGUGGGAACACAUUAUUUGUGAAGUAUGUUUAAAGUUCUAAAGAAAUCUGAGAGAAAAUGUAAUACUGAAUCGGGAUAUUUAUAAAAUCGCAAUCCUAUAUAAAUCAUGAGUGUGAAUAUAUCUUGUGGUCCCUGGUGAUUUCCGUCCUUACUAACUUGUUUUUAUCUGUCUUUAAAAAAAAUAAAAAAUAACAGUCUCGGCUGUCGAAGGGGCGUUAUCUUUUUUUUUAUAGUUAUUUAAAUUAUAUUUAGUAAAUAUGUGUGGGGUUGUGACCAGUAUUGCCUAAGGUUUGUUUUGCAUGGAUGAAAAUUCGCAUGGAGUUUACUGCCAUUUAUUAUUUAAAGUAGUUGGUAUUUUACUUUGAGUUAGUCAACAUUUCUGUAUAUUUUUAUAAACAUAAAGUAAUCAUUACAAAUUAUAUUUUGGGGCCAAAUAUGUGUUUUGAUGUUAUUAUUGUUGUGAUUUUAUUUUUAUUUUUUUUAUUUUGUGAGUGUUGUAUACAUUGAUGAUGUAUACAUAAAGUGAAUCAAUCACUUACUCAAUGUAGCAAAAGAGAAUUAUGUUUCUACACUGUCAGUCAUUUUUGUUUGAUCAUAGUUCGUAACAAAACUGUCACUUGUCUUUAAUAGACAAGAACUAUUGUGAGAUUAAAUCAUUAUUUUCAAACACAAA